AUGGGCUUAUUAGCACUCGGAACGGCCCUGGAAUGGCCGGAAGCGAAGAAGAGAGCGCAUCAGGUUCGCGAAUGGGGUAUCGAGCAAUUGCUUGCUAUUUGGAACAGAGCAAAGGGGAAGGAGAGGGAUGCUCUUCUCUGGGGUGACGAGGUCGAAUACCUCGUUGUCGCCGUCGACGAACAUGCGAAGAAAGCCCGGUUAUCCCUAGCGCAAGCCGAUAUUCUCAAAUCGCUAGCCCGGGAUGAGGCAUUGUGGACGUCAGAAGGUGGAGAGAACCAAGAUGGGCAAAGGGCUGGCUCUGAACCACCGCACUUCCACCCCGAAUUCGGACGAUUCAUGCUGGAGGCUACCCCGGCAAAGCCAUGGGGGAUUGAUUUCAAAGACCUGCUAAAGGUCGAGGGCAAUAUGAAGAGGAGACGAGAGGUUGCGAAAGCGCAUAUGGCAUCGAACGAAUACCCAGUCACCAUGACAACGUUCCCUCGCCUGGGUACAAAGGACGACUACAUUCAACCAUACUAUCCCCCAUCCGGACCAGCAUUGCGUUCGCAAUUCGUCCCCGACGAGAUCGCCAAUCCUCAUAUCCGUUUCCCGACUUUAGCUGCGAACAUCCGGUCUAGAAGGGGUCGAAAGGUCGAAUUGAACGUGCCGGUUUUCAAGGACACGAAUACACCCUCUCCGUUCAAAGACCCGACUGUGGACUACGAUCUCCACAUUUGGCCCGAGGACGAUGAUGUUAGGAACGGAGCCGCCAAGGACGACCAUGUUUACAUGGAUGCCAUGGCUUUUGGAAUGGGCAGCUGCUGUCUUCAAAUCACUUUUCAGGCGAAGAACAUCAACGAGGGGAGGAAACUGUACGACCAGUUGAGUCCUCUUGGUCCGAUUCUCAUGGCACUUACUGCCGCGACCCCGAUCUACAAGGGAUUCCUAGUAGAUACGGAUUCUCGGUGGAACCAGAUCAGCAGAGCUGUUGAUGAUAGGACUCCUGAAGAGCUUGGUGAAUUGCCUCUCAAAAAUGACAGAUGGAGGAUACCCAAAUCCCGAUACGCCUCAAACUCAACAUACAUCUCCCAAGACCCUCGAUUGCGAAAAGAAUACUUGGAUCCAGAUCUGGUUGUGGACGAAGAUAUCAAGAAGCGCUUAAUAGAAGGCGGCAUGGACGAUGUCCUGGCCACCCACUUCGCACACCUCUUCAUCCGCGACCCCCUGGUCAUUUUCUCCGAAGACCUUGAAGAGCUCGACCUUAACAAAGCAGACCACUUCGAGAACCUCCAAUCCACAAACUGGCAACACAUGCGCUUCAAGCCCCCACCACCCGAGAAGAACGACAUCGGCUGGCGAGUCGAAUUCCGGUCCAUGGAAGUCCAAAUGACAGACUUUGAGAAUGCCGCGUUCAGCAUCUUCAUCGUCCUCGUCACCCGUGCUAUCUUGAGUUUCGACCUGAACUUCUAUAUCCCCAUCCAACGGACGACGGAGAACAUGGAAACAGCACAUGCUCGUGACGGCGUUCUCGACAGCAAAUUCUACUUCCGCAAGGAUCCGUUCCCCCGUCGCGUGCGCAGACAGCAACACUCAGCUAAUGGCAGCAACAUGUCAUCUGCUGCUUCUUCAGCUGUUAACACGCCUCCGCCAUCACCACCGCUUGUUCCAGUAGAGAUGGAAUACGAUCUCAUGACAAUUUCGGAAAUCAUCAACGGCUCAGCAGAUGGAGAGUUCCCUGGAUUGAUUCCUCUUGUCGAAUCGUAUCUGGACAGCGUCAACGUUGAUGUUGAGACGAGAUGCUCGCUCGCUAGUUACCUCGAUUUGAUCCGGAAACGUGCUGAUGGUACGCUCUGGACUGGGGCUAGAUGGAUCCGGGAAUACGUCGCGAAGCAUCCGGCAUACAAGAAAGACAGCGCCGUUUCAGAGGAAGUCUGCUACGAUCUUGUCAAGGCGGUUGAUGAGAUGGCUGUUAAGGAGGGGAAGAAUGGGAGUGUUGGAUGGGAGAUGCUCCGGGGGAAAAGAAAUAGAUCAUAG